GCAGUACAUGGAACUAUGGAAGGGACUGGUUGAACAGGAACCACGUUUCACUCCUUUGACUUAUUGACUUAUAAAUCCUUUACCGUCACACAAUAACAUAACGGUUAGAAGAUUGGCGUGGCUCAUUGCCUUGUUGAUUACUUUUAGGACAUCUGUAAGGCCCCUGUUUUUUAAUUCGCUUCCGGCGUUCAGAAAGGUUGAGCCCGCCUUAACCCUCUAGAUCCCCGAUUGGCUGAUUUAAACCAUGCCCUUCUCAAUUCGAAUGGUAGCAUUACGUUCAUCUUUGUCUUUUCGGAUGCAGAAUACUGUUUGUGGUCCUUUAUUCGGAAUAUCAAGACAGUCUCACAACAUUCCAUUCGCUAAAGGUUUGGGUGAAACAAAACCGUUUAGUUUAAUCUGCCCUGAGCUGACCACAAAAUCAGUGUGUGAAAGGACUGCCAGCAAACUGCCAACUUAUAACAUACUUGGAUCCGGAAUGAUUCUUAUUAAAAAUUACAUCAGCCUCAAAGACCAGGUUGAUAUGGUGAAUGUAUGUCAAAAGUGGGGCAUGGGCCCCGGGGGCUUUUACCAGCCUAGUUUCCAAAAUGGAGCGAAACUUCAAUUCCAGAUGAUGUGUUUUGGUCGAAACUGGGAUCCGGUAACCAAGUAUAACAAACGUUACAGAAGUGAUGGUUCUGAACCACCCCCGCUUCCAAAAGAACUUAUUUCAUUGACUAAAACCAUAGUUCAGGAUGCUCAAGCCCAUCUGGUUGAACUUCCUUCAAUGCACCCAGAUAUUUGUAUAGUAAAUUUCUAUCAACUCUCUGGUCGACUUGGCCUCCAUCAGGAUCGUGAUGAGAGCUAUGAUAGUCUCCGAAGAGGACUGCCUGUGGUUUCCAUCUCCAUUGGCGACUCUGCAGAAUUCUUGUACGGUCAUUCUAGAGAUAAAACAAAGUGCGAAAAGGUUGUGUUGGAUUCAGGAGAUGUGUUUAUAUUCGGUGGCAAGUCUAGACUCGUUUAUCAUGGCGUGAAGCAAAUCAUUCCAAACUCGUGUCCUCUGCCGUUGUUACAAGAAACGGCGCUUAUACCUGGCCGUCUAAACCUUACUCUAAGGCAAUUUUGAUGUGCUCAUUUUUUUUUCUAAAAGCUAUUUUCCAAACACAGCCAAUGUCAAUUAAUUUCCCAUGACAAAUAGAGGUGUUUAUUCUGA